AUGGUUAGUUUCACUAUAGCAUGGUCUGAUAAAACGGUGAAGAGUGCUUUCGUUGGGGCAGUGGUCUGUGCUUUGUGCACGUUGUUCCUGAUUGGUUGCGUUUCGAUAACUCGUUCUUUGGUGCUGACUUCCGCAGCGUGGCUCUCAGUUUUUUCAUUGUUUCUACUGGUUUCUACAGUUGCGUCAUGUUCAAUUAGUAAAAAGCCGACUGCGUCAAACACCUUCGGUUACUCGCGAGCUCCCGUCAUGGCUGUUUUUUCCGCCACCGUCUUAGCUUCGUUAUCUUCUAUAUUUUUGAUGAAAGAAAGCACAGAACAUCUUUUGGAAGCUGACCAUCACCUUCAUUCACAUGGACUUUAUCUAUUCGGUGCCGCGGCAGCCACGAUAUCGUUGGCGACUGCCGCGUACGGAGCUCCAAAUCAGCCGUUUCAGCAUGUUCUCACUGCUUCAACCAGUUCAUCACUACAGGAACAUUUUGCUGACAUAUCUCAUGCAUUAUGUUACAUCGUUCCCGGACUAAGCAUAAUAUUGUUGCCAAGGCUCAACGCCAUGUCAAUUCUUGCGUUUCUUACGACUUGUGCUUGCUUCAUUACUCAUUGGUUUGUGACGGAUUUGUGGUAUAUUGAUGCCGCCUCAGCACUAACACUCUCUAUUUGCGUUUUCAUGACAAUGUGGCCACUGUCAACAUAUACGGGAAGAAUAUUAUUGCAGACUUCUCCACCGCACAUUCAUAAUCAAAUAGAUAGGUGCAUGUCUGAAGCAUCGACGAUUGAGGGAGUUUUGGAGUUACGAAAUGCUCACUUUUGGCAGCUAGAUUUCUCAUCAAUGGUAGGUUCGGUUGAUGUACGUGUUAGAAGAGAUGCUGAUGAACAGUUGGUUCUUUCAUAUGUCACGGAAAAGCUUUCAUCUGUAGUAUCAGUUCUUACUGUACAGGUGGUGAAAGACGUAGCGACUUCAUGGCAAAAUUUUGACAAUUUGAACCCUAAUCAAGAAAGUCGUUCGUUUCCUUACUUGAAUGAAUUUUAUGGAGCUCCUGUAAGAGGUAAUGAGACUGUUUUGCAUGCACAUGAUGAAGGUAGUGCCCAUGGUCACUCUCAUUCUGGAACUGACAUGAGUUACGGUGAGGCAAACCAUUUCGGCCAUGGUCAUUCCCAUGAUGUUAUUCACCAUUAA